AUGAUGCAAGCUUAUUAUUUAAUAAUUCGAAAGGUAACUGAACUUGAUAUAACAUUUCAUAGAAAAAUUGGUCAAGAUAUACUUGAUGUUACUAAACGACGUAAUAGAAAACUUAAAGAUAUCGAUAUUGAAAUAAAUGGUUAUAUUCAAAAAUUUGGUAAAUUAAGUCCAAUCUUAUAUGAAUUUUUAACUGGUAAAAAAUUAGAUAUCAAUAAUGAUCCAUCAAGUUCAACAUCAACAGGUUUACCACCGACAACAACAUCCAAAAAUUGA